UUCACGCAGAUAGUGAUGGAAGUCAACUUGGCGUGGCGAGACGAGCGGCUUACUUUCUACAACUUGCGUUCGUCUGCUGGUUUGCCCAACAUCCUGGACAACGACAUCCUUUCGUUACUAUGGGUCCCGGGUAUCUACUUCCCUUCCGGGCUCUUCGAGGAGAACCUGAAACUCGAGACAGGAACGAUGACUCACACGACCGUGACAGCAGUGCCGGGUAGAAAUGGUUCACUCACCACACUUAACAGUUACGAGACCUUGGAGUACCCGGGCAGCGAUGUGGUGCUGCAUAUAAAGAUGCUCACGCUGGUCACCACCACUUGCUCCUUCACACUGCGAGCCUACCCGUUCGACACGCAGAUGUGCGUGAUUCCAAUGAAGCUUGAUGGUUUCGGGACGUUCCAGAUAGCGGAGGAACAUCUAAGAGUGCUCAGUAACGAUCUCUCCUUGCCUGUGUUCGAAUUCCGUCCGGUCCGCUGCUUCUACAACGCAUCUCUGUCGCAGGAAGUGAAGAUGGGGCUUCUGCUCACGCGGCGCAGCGGGGCCUUCCUUUUAUCUUCGAUAGGACCCUGCGUGGUGCUGUUGUUGCUGGGGCAUCUCUCCUUUGUCGCCUUCCCACUCCACCAAUUCACGGACAGAGCCUCGACCUCCCUCUCACUACUCAUCGUGGUGGCUGCGCUCUUCUCGCAGAUGAGCAGCACAAUGCCAGAGUCAGCACAGCCCAAAGCCAUCGACAUGUGGUUUUUCUACUGCAUCCUCCGCUUCUUCAUUUUCUUCGUGUUCCACUGCAUCGUCGAUCACCAUUACAAGAAAAGUAUCGAGGCCGACAAGAGGCAGAAGGAAUCUCUUGCCUCCUCCAAGCAACAGGAAGCGCUCAUCUUUUUUAAGGCACCAAGUCUUGACAGCCUGAAAGACCCGUGCGAGCCGCCUGACAAGGGAGACAAUGACGAGCCCUGCCACCACGGACGAUGGGUGACAGAGGGCAAAUGUUCCCUGCCAUCCAUCACCCUGCCCCACCCUUGGCUCACGCCCCAGCUGGUCAACAGGAUGAGUCUAUUCUUUGGAGUGUUUCAGGACUUGAUGUUUGUGGUCGGAUUCAUCAUCCACCUGAAUACCACGAACAGCUUCACCAAGACACAGUUCUACACAUUUAAGGACUGUUCUGAGAGGGGAUGGCGGUGAGCGAAUGGCAAAGUGUAACAUCUUACCGUCCCCAUGCACCGCCGCCGCCGCCACCGCCACCAACACCAACAUCAACACCUCUACUACCACCAACUCAUGUCACGUCGGGCAUAGGGGAUGGUAACGCUAGCUUUUAAUUCUGAUGUAGAAAGAAAAAAUAAUAAAGAAAUAACCACUAUAUAAAUGCGUCAUCAUCGUAGCAAAUAAAAGUGUUUCCUUCACAACAUUGCACCGUUUCUUCCGUCCACAAGUAUCUUGCCACGCUGAGGUUAGUGCUAAGUCAAACAGCUCAACGCACGGGAAGUUAUUGUAGCUCAUAGCAGCACAGUAAGCAUUUGUGUCACUUGAGUUCAUGAAGCAGGGUGACCUCGCCUCUGACUGCGUUGAUACUUUGGUCCAGAAUUGUGAAACGCUUUGCUCUCUCCUCGACUAUCUUCAAAGACCACAGAGAUGACCAGCCGGUUUUUCAAGAAUGUUUCUCAUUUGAUAAAGUAAAAAUAUGAUCAAUCUGCCGUUAGACCAGUAGAAACAACCUUAUGAAUAUGUGUAACUUCAACAUACAGAGCCUUUUAAAAGCAAUAGAGCUGAGGCGCCGAUAUGUUUCAGAACGUGACCCUUAUUUGUAUUUUUUGCUAUGUAUCGUUACUAAUGUUAAGACUGAUUGCUGUUCUUGUGUCUGCAGGAGUAAAGCGAGUAUUAGUGAGCAACUCUAACGUCUCACAUUUUCUUUGUCAAUAUUUACUUUCCUUCAUUGUUCCAUUUCACUUAAUUUGAAUAUCUCUUCUUACCUUUUUUUUUUUUUUCGUUAUUAUGAUGAAAUCUGUCACAAAUUGGUCUUUUCUCACUCUUCGAUGCAGUGACUAUGUGCACCGAUCCUCAACAAAUAUGAACAUUCUUAACCCUUUCAGUACCAUGACGCGCUUCCGUAUUCCUUCUGCUUACUAUUUGCUGACUUUAUACAACUUCAGGGGGAUUGAAAUAGUGAAGACUGCUGCUAUUAAUCUUCUGACCACCAUACACCCUUCUCAAGGUAAAUAAUUGGUCUAAUCGUACACAAAUCUCAAGGUAAAAAUGCGUUUCCAGUACUGAAGGGGUUAAUUCGACGUAAAUAUAUAUGUAGGUAAUAAGAUCGGACUGACUCGUGAAUGGAGGUAAAUGCUGUCCUUUCUUUUAUAUAUAUAUAGAUAAGCACACGACGAAUGUUCU